GACCGAUUCCCUAGCCUCGUCCGUGGUGUCAUUCAGUUUGUUUUGUUGCUUCGUGAGUGUAAGAAAAAUACUGCGUACCGUUUACAUUUUUUUCCGGCGUUUUGAUCGAAACCGAGUCCGCAAAAUGAAGGGACUAUUGCUGGUCGUCGCGUCGCUGUUUGCUCUGAGCAGCGGCGUUUUCGUGCCCCCCAGGCCGGGCCACAGGACGCACCACCUGCUCGGCGAAAAGGAAUGCACUUACGGCCCAUCGUUCUGGUGUCAAAACUUAACGUCAGCCGCUGGAUGUCGCGCCACCAAACACUGCAUCCAAACGGUCUGGAUCCACAAGCGGCUUCCACCAGACACCACCAGCAUCUGCGACACCUGCAAGGACAUGGUGAAACAGGCCCGCGACCAGCUCGAAAGUAACGAGACUCAAGAACUGAUCAAGGAGGUGUUCGAGGGUUCCUGCGAUCUCCUGAAGCUCAAACCAAUCGUCGUCGAGUGCGACAAGAUCGCCGACGAGUAUAUCCCCGACCUGAUCGACACCCUCUCCUCCGAGAUGAACCCCCAGGUCGUAUGCUCUGUCGCCGGCUUGUGCAACAGCGCCACCGUACGACGGUUGUUGGCGGAGGCCGGCGAAUUGAAGGACGACAAGUGCGACUCCUGCAACGAGGCCAUGGAGGUCGUGGUGCGGAAGUUCGAGGCGGCGAACAAGGACGACGUCCUCUAUGCGGCGCUCAAGGCCUGCCGCAAGCUGGGCAGCUACACUGACGCGUGCAGCAACCUGGUGGUCGAGCACUUCGACGACGCUUACGCUUACCUACGGUCCCACCUGAACGCGAAGGACGCGUGCUUCCUGAGCGGUCAGUGUUUCCGCAACUUCCACCGGCACGACGUCCAGAUCACCACCAAGUCCAAGAUAGGCUACGUGGCGAUCGGCAGCGACGAGAUGGUGUGCGAUUUUUGCAAGCAAAUGGUCGACCACGUCAGAGAAGAGUUGGUGGCCAACACCACCGAGAUCGAGUUCAAGAAAGUGCUCGUCGGACUGUGCAAACAAACCGGCUCGUUCGCGACCGAAUGCGUCAACUACGUCGAGCAGUACUACGGCGAAGUGUACGACUUCAUCGUCCACGAGUUGAACCCGGUGGAGGUGUGCGAUUUGGUGGGCCUGUGCGGCAAGAAAGGGGCCGCGGGGGGAUACGUAGCGCCCCUCUUGACGCCGGAGAACGCGCGAAAAGUAGUCAGCGUGGGGUUGUCCAAAAACGUCCAGAGGCCCGAGGAUAUGCAGCUGCCUAUCGAGCUAGUGGCGCCUCCGCACACCCAGGUGGUUUACAACAGGGAACUGUGUGCGUUUUGCGAGUAUUUGCUGCACUACGUUCAGGAGGAGAUCACCAGCCCCGCCACGGAGGCGGAAAUCAAGAGCGUGCUGGACAAGGCGUGCGAGAGACUGCCCCCGUCCGUUAACGAGACCUGCGUCAACUUCGUUUCCACUUACGAGCCGGCCCUCGUCGCCAUCUUGGCGCAGGAGAUCGACCCGUCGCAGGUGUGUCCUCUGAUGAAGGUGUGUCCGGCCUCCGACGUCGCCAAAGACGUGGACGUCUUUAUUGAGAAAGCGCGUUCUUCGUCCGAGUGUCCGUUGUGUCUCUACGUCGUCACCGAGCUCGAGAGCAUCGUCGCGGACAAGAAAUCGGUGGACGAGAUCGAGGCGGCGCUGAAGAAGGUGUGUCACCGCCUCCCGGCCACUUUGAAGGUGACCUGCGACGCCUUCGUCGACACUUACGGUCAGAAGGUGGUCGAAUCGAUCUUGGCCGACCUCAAGCCGCAGGAGGUCUGCGUCUAUCUCAAACUGUGCACGGACGACGUGCCGGUACGCGUGGAGAUGACCGGCGGCGACAUAGAGACGAACGUCAUUCCCGACGAUACGGUCGACGGGAUGGCGGUCGCCGACAAACGGGUGGGCGGGAUCGAGUGCAUACUCUGCGAGUACGUGAUGAAGAACAUAGAGGACGCCCUGCAGGACAAAACGACCGACGACGACAUCAAGAUAGUGGUGAAGACGGUGUGCGCCUUUUUUCCGGAAACGACGAGGAGCGAGUGCGACCGUUUCAUCGACCAGUAUGCGGACGCCAUUAUAGCGCUGCUCGAAGAGGCCGUCGAACCCGCCCAGGUGUGCCGGAUGAUGAUGUUGUGCGCGAAACCGAAACGUCCGUUCGACAGCGUGAAAGCCGAGAUAGUGGAGUGCGCUGUAUGCGAGGCAACGGUGACCGCCAUGGACAAGAUCCUAUCGAACCCGAAGGUGGACCACGACAUCGAGCACGUAUUGGAGAAGGCUUGCAGGGCACUGCCUAAGCUCUACAAGUCGAGGUGCGCCAUCCUCAUCGAAGAUUACGGCAACGUCUUGUUCGACAUGCUCCACCGCUACGCCAACAAGCAGCUGAUCUGCAAGAAGGUCGGCUACUGCAAAUCCGCGUCUUACCGACUAGUCGGUUUGAUUUAGUCGCGCGCCUAGUUUUAGGGUUUUUUUUUUUAGUAAUAGAUCGCUAGGGGUUUUAGUUUUACCAAUGUCGCAACGAGCGGCCAUAUUGUUUCCUUUCGAGACUUGAAAUUGUGAUCAGAUCUGACCAAAACGUUAAAUAAAAUAUGAUAAAGAAA